UUCCAAUCACCUUCGAGCGGGCGCGUGUAUCGCUCACUCUAUCACGGCUCUCCGCUCAGUAAGGCGUCCUUUUUUCGAUUGAGUCCCGCUAGGAAAUAAGAAAGAAAACAAAAUGGCCAGCAAGAAGAAGACCGGAUCAAAGACGAAGAAGCGCGCACAGCGUGCGACUUCUAACGUCUUCGCCAUGUUCGACCAAUCUCAGAUCCAGGAAUUCAAGGAGGCUUUCACACUGAUCGAUCAGAACCGUGAUGGUUUCAUUGAUAAGGAAGAUCUUCACGACAUGUUGGCUUCCAUGGGUAAGAACCCCACCGACAAAGAGAUGGACGAGAUGAUGGGUGAUGCACCCGGUCCAAUCAACUUCACCAUGUUCCUCACAUUAUUUGGUGAAAGGUUAAAUGGUACGGAUCCGGAGGAAACUAUAGCAAACGCGUUCAAAUUAUUCGAUGAAGAACUUACCGGAAAGAUACACGAAGACUAUCUCAAAGACAUCCUGAUGACCAUGGGUGACCAUUUCACCGUCGAAGAGGUCGAACAGUGCUACAAGGGUGCGCCCAUCGACGACGAUGGCAAUCUCGACUACAACGGUUUCGUCCGCCUAAUCAAACACGGGUCCAAGGACGAAGAACUCGUCAAGGACGAGCUGUUGGACGCGUAACUUCCAGAAAUGUUCAAAUAAUCCGCCAUUUUGGGGAGCAUUUGCCCUCAUCGUCUCUCAGUCUGUCUCUCCUCCUUUCUGCCUACAUCUUUCUCUCUCUCUCUGUCAUUUCCUGGUUACUCCGAUACAACUCAAAUUUGGUCGUUUGUUUUCUUUCUUGUCAACCAAAAAGACAAAACAUCGCAGCUGUCGUAAAAGAUGGUACCCUUUCUGCAUAGAUUAAAAAAUUAACGACUAAAAAGAAUCGGUCCAUAGACAAUGUCACAUGGCGGUCUUCGCACCCAGACUUGAUUUCAAACAUCUUUGGAAGUUUUGGAUCCUCGUCUUAUUUCGCCUACUGCGCCGAUUAAAUUUGAGUUGUAUCAAAACAUUUUCUCAGAGUAUUGGGGAGAGAACUUUCCCGUGUAUUCAUGUUGCAGAAAUCCUGCCAUUAAUUCAGCUAUGGCUCAUUAUUCUUAAGCAUAACCAUUUGGAUCAUGCAACAUGCUUUUCAUUAUCAUAUAAAAGCUGUGAAUAUGAAUGUUAAAUAUCGGAUUUCAUCUUGCAUCAUUCUGCAAUAUUUUGUAAUAAUUUAUUCCAUCGGAGUACUAUAUCGCUAAAUAUAUGCUAGUACCUGGUUUAUAGGGACAGUCAAUGGUUAACUUAAACAGAAGACUUGUAUUGCUUUAAAGUCAAAUAUUCAUAAUACCUUUAUAACUUUUGCUUCAUCAUAAUUGGGAAUUGGGUUAUUGUGUCUAUAUCCUUUUAUUUAUUCUUUUUACUGAAUGUUGCUAAAUACCUUUACAGUGAUGGGAAUUUGUUUGAUCAUCGUAUAAAAAAAAAAAGAACCUCGAUUUUUUUCGAUGUUGUUGUCAUUAUUAUGAAACGGUGGCCUGGUGUCACGUGACUGCAGGCUGGUGUGACGUCACCGCGUUUAAUUAAUGUCACGUGUGUAUUCUCGAGUGUCUUGGAUAGUUCAGGUGCGCGCGUGAGGUGAAGAAUAUUCUGUUUUCUUUUUUUUUUUAUUAUCAUUAUUUAUUCAUUUUAUUCUUAUUAUCUCUAGAUGGAAGUAUAUUUGUAAAUGUGAUAUUGAGUACUAAUAAUGUAUAGAUGUUAUUGAAAGUUACUGUACAUUUUAUGCUAAAAAUAAAAAAUAAAAACGUCAGAUACAACUAAAGAUAUGAAAGUAUUGUAGCUCAAAAUAUAUCAAGACGUGACAGACAUAUCUCGUCUGUUCUUAACAUUCGAUAUCAACUUCGGUGUAUCAGAAUUCAGUUGAAAUUCUAGGUAUGAAUUUUCAGGUAGACACAAUGACAAAUAAAUACGUUGGAGGAAGUUUUUCAUACCAAUGUAUACACAUCGUAAAAUCUUGUUCAAUCUAUUGUCUAAUUGUUGUGAAAUGUACAAGUCAAACAACAAUGAUUCUGUGUCCUGUGCCAUUCUUAAAUCCCUCCUCUAUUCCCUGUGAUGGUGGUGGUGGUCGUUGAUGUCCGAUCGUCGUCGAUUUGGAAACUAUAUCGUUAUCCAUCUCGGACGACCGGGCUGUGCCUCUGUGACUCUAAAACUCGCGCUGAUUUUUUACUUCAAGAGUUUAAGACCUUCUCUUAGGGAGGAUCAUAAUAAUCUUGUUAUUGCUUAUUUUCAUCUAUUAUUUUGGAGUAUGUAUAGUUCUUUCCUGUAUUUUGUGUUUACUCUGAAUUCAAUUGCGCAGAGUCGAGUAUCUUUAGAUGUAUCGUUAACAUCCUCAUCAUUCUUUAUUCUCUUUUAUUAUUUUUUUUUAAACAUCAAAAAAUGUUUGUUGAGUAGCACAUCAACGAAUCAAGAGAUUAUGAUCGAACCUUUUGACAGAUUCAAUUAGACUGGCCUGCUUUUUCACGAUACAAUAUGGCGUUUAGAGUACGUUUUGUGCUAUUGAAUUUCUCUCCACUCUCAACUUCUUCUCGAAGUUCCUCUUUAUCUCUAUCCCUUUCUCUUUUAGAUUGUGCAAUCGGUAAUAAGAUACUUAUCUUUUACCCAAACUCCUUCAAAAUGACGACCGAGCUGAUAAUGAUUGUGAUAGCCGCUUGUCGAUGAACGUGAUUUUGAUUUUUUUUUCAAGUCAGAUGAGAUUGUCAUCAUUGCUGUUUUAAACGUAGAACAUCAAAAUUAAAACUCAAAUUAAGGGGCGCUAUCAUCAAAAUUAUCUAGUUCUGGAAGUCUUUUAAAGCAUCGCGCUCAGGCCGGUAAUGCAAUGUGAAUUUCAAAGCGUUUAGUAGAUUUUAGUUGAUCAUAAUAAGAUUUGAAGAAUCAUUAUGUGUGAGUUUUAGAAUUUCGAUUUGCUUUCUCUCUCUCUCUCUCUCGAUCGAUAUGUUUUUUGCUUUUUGCACAAUUUGUUUUGUCAUUUCACAUGUGAAUGAAUUAACAUGUGAGAAGGAAAUAUUUUGGAAAAAUUGUUACGAAAAGAUAAUAAAAGUGUAAACAAGUAUUGAAGUGGAA